GCCGCAGCCGCCGCCGCCGCCGCCCGGGGCCGCGCCGCCCCCGCCAUGGAGGCCAACUGGACCGCGUUCCUCUUUCAGGCACACGAAGCCUCCCAUCACCAACAGCAGGCAGCACAGAACAGUUUGUUGCCUCUCCUGAGCUCUGCUGUUGAGCCGCCCGAUCAGAAGCCGAUUCUGCCCUUACCAAUAACGCAGAAACCUCAGCCUGCACCAGAAACAUUAAAGGAUGCUAUUGUUGGGAUUAAAAAGGAAAAACCUAAAACCUCCUUUGUGUGCACUUACUGCAGCAAAGCUUUCAGGGACAGCUACCAUUUGAGGCGUCACGAGUCCUGCCACACAGGGAUAAAGUUAGUGUCACGGCCAAAGAAAACUCCCACCACAAUGGUGCCCCUUAUCUCGACCAUCGCUGGUGACAACAGCCGGAGUUCACUGGUUUCGACUAUCGCAGGCAUCCUGUCCACAGUCACUACGUCUUCCUCUGCCACCAACCCCAGCAGCAGCGCCGGCGCCACGGCCAUGGCGGUGACGCAGACGGUGAAGAAGCCCAGCAAGCCCGUGAAGAAGAACCACGCCUGUGAGAUGUGCGGAAAGGCCUUCAGGGACGUCUACCACCUCAACCGGCACAAGCUGUCCCACUCGGACGAGAAACCCUUCGAAUGUCCCAUUUGCAAUCAGCGCUUCAAGAGAAAGGAUCGCAUGACCUACCACGUGAGGUCUCACGAAGGCGGCAUCACGAAACCCUACACCUGCGGUGUUUGUGGAAAAGGCUUCUCAAGGCCUGAUCAUUUAAGCUGUCACGUUAAACAUGUUCACUCAACAGAGAGACCCUUCAAAUGCCAAACGUGCACUGCUGCCUUUGCCACCAAAGACAGACUGCGGACACACAUGGUGCGCCAUGAAGGAAAGGUAUCGUGUAAUAUCUGUGGUAAACUUCUGAGUGCAGCAUAUAUCACCAGCCACUUAAAGACACACGGGCAGAGCCAAAGUAUCAACUGUAAUACCUGUAAACAAGGCAUCAAUAAAACAUGCAUGAGUGAAGAGACCAGCAACCAGAAACAGCAACAGCAGCAGCAACAACAGCAGCAACAACAACAGCAACAGCAGCAGCAGCAGCAGCAACAACAACAGCAGCAACAGCAGCAGCAGCAGCAACAGCAGCAGCAGCAGCAGCACGUAACAAGUUGGCCUGGAAAGCAGGUAGAGACCCUGAGAUUGUGGGAAGAGGCCGUCAAAGCGAGGAAGAAAGAAUGUCAGUUCACCUUUGAGAAGGCUAUAGAGUACGUACCAUUCGAAGCUGCUAACUUGUGCCAAACCUCCACUGCUGCUACUACGCCUGUGACUCUUACUACUCCAUUCAAUAUAACGUCCUCUGUGGCUUCUGGGACUAUCACAAACCCAGUCACAGUGGCAGCUGCAAUGAGCAUGAGAAGUCCAGUAAAUGUAUCAAGUGCAGUUAAUAUAUCCAGUCCGAUGAACUUAGGGCAUCCUGUAACUAUAACCAGUCCUCUGUCCAUGACCUCUCCAUUAACGCUCACCACCCCGGUGAACCUGCCCACCCCGGUAACCGCUCCAGUGAACAUAGCGCACCCCGUCACCAUCACGUCCCCCAUGAACCUGCCCACGCCCAUGACGCUGGCUGGUCCCCUCAACAUAGCCAUGAGACCAGUGGAGAGCAUGCCUUUCCUGCCCCAGGCCUUGCCCACCUCUCCGCCCUGGUAAACAAGUUCGAAACAGUAUUAAAAAGGAUUAAAAUGGAAUCCUUACCAGCAGUUCUUUUUUGGGUUUUGUUUGGUUGGGGUUUUUUUUUUGUUGUUGUUGUUGUUUUUGGUUUUGUUGGGUUUUUUUUUUUCGGUUUUGUUUUUGUUUUGUUCUGUUGGGGUUUUUUGUUUUGUUUUGUUUUUAGUUAACAAUAAAUUCAGGCUAAGACACUGGGGCAACACCAUCAGAGACGACAGUAGCAUCUUCCCCUUGAUUUGGCUCACAUGGUUCAGGCUUGAGUUUCACUGGAGCACUUCAUUUAAAGUAAGUUUUACCUUGUAGCUGACUGAUGCUGAAUUAGAGCAGAUACUUAUUUGCCAGAGUUUAAAUUUUAAAAAAAGGAAAAAAAAAAAAAAAAAGGUAAUUAAAAAAGACCAGUUUUCUGUUUUAUCCCCUCAAAUUAUAACUUAGAAAAUUAUUUUAAUCUAAACACUAGCGAAGACCCCUCUGUAUCUGUGACAGGGUGGAUGGCUCAUUUUAACCUGCCAGGCAAGUCCACUGUUUCUGAGCUAGUGUAGAACCUUUGUCUGUGUUGAUGUUUCGUUUUUAUUUUUUGGUUUUUUUUUUUUUUUUUUUUUUUUAAUGAGUAAAUGCAUUACAAUGUUGUCAUUAAAAAAAAAAAAAUGCAUUUUUGGAGAAAAUAUGCAUUUUACCUUUGGGAAUAUGGUAAUUUCAGGCAGCAUUCCCUAUGGGAAAGGUGAUACCAGCUCUGAUAUGCAAAGCAUAUGAUAACUUAUCAUUCUAACUUCAACAUAUAAUAGGGAUUGUGACCUGAUAUUUGGAGAUGUAAAUAUUACCCAACAUAUUACCCUAAGGGAAUAGAGCAUUGUAGUCAACAUUUUUAAAAAAAAACCUGUUAUUGUUUGGUGAGAAACAGCCAUGGCUGACAGAAGAGGAGUCGAAAUGUAUGUAAACAUGGUCUCUGAACAGUCAGACCCCCAUGGGACUCUUAUCUAGGAGCAAAAGGAGUGCUUGGAAACUUAAGGAAAAUUGCUUUAAGCUGGAAGAUUCUGGAGGCCCUGGGUGUGAUUUUUAUGCCCUCUGCUUCCCAAUCAGAGCCUGCUGGUGUUUCAGCAGGGGACAGACGUGUUAGUUGUUCACUAGAAGUUUUGUCUUAUAUUAAAUUGUAUACAGUUUUUAUUCUAACCACUAACUAGGUAGGAUGCCCCUCCAGGACAAGCAGAGAGCGUCUUUUAAUUUCUCCCCUAUUUCUUAAUCAAGUGUUGUGCAAAUCUGUUCAACUUUGUAAAUAUUUGCAAACAUCAUCAUUUUUACGUUAUUCUUCUAUUGUGUUAACACAUUUCUAUCAAUUUGUGGGAGUUCUGGGGUGCUGAUCUGUCCAGCCCAGAACUGCUCAUAAAUGGUCACACAUGUUUAAGCUACAUGUGCUUUUUUUUCUUAACCUGUUUAUCUGUACAUAAAGUAGAAAGCAAAGUCUAGGGAAACAGAUAUACUUUUUAGACUAUCAUGUCACAUAUUCACAUUUUUAAAACUUUGUUUAAAAGGAAAAAAAAAAAAAAAAAACAAACCACCCCCCUAAACCCAACCUCUACAUUAAAUAAAAAAAAAAAAAGAGGAAAAAAAAAAAAGAAAUUACAGCUGAGAUGUUUUUAUCUUAAUGAAGUUGAGAGCUCUGGAGAUUAGCGUGUGCAUUUUCACAGAGUGCUAGCAGGACUGACCAGUCACACUGGACUGCUUCCGUUCCUCCCCGGCCGUGUCCGUGCGAGCAGUGAUUGCCAGGCUGCUGGCUCAGGUGACAGGUAUCUGUAUCCUUACGUGAAACUGUUCUAGGGGCUUGGACUACAUAGUAAAACAAAAACAAAAAAAAAAAUAAUAGAGCUUAGUGUAAAAUAAUUUUAUAAAUGAUCUUUUGUACUUUAGGACAUCAAAUUGUACAACUUUUGUAUAUAUAAAAGCUUAGGAACUUUCUGUUUAGCAGAAAGGAAACACAUUCCUACACUUUUAAUGUAUAUGUUUGUUAUAAUGUCCAUGUAAACAUAUGCCCUAUGUUUGUGCCUUUUAAUUAGUUUGUCUCAAUAAACAAAAAUGUAGAGAAGAA